AGUCCACAGUUGCCUCCAUCGCCUGCGCACCAGAAAUACUGGUCAUAUAUCCUGAGCUAUGUUAAAGCGUGCUGAUGUUUUUGCUUGCAUCACGUAUUUCUUCCCAAAAGGAUUGUAAGAUGCUAUCCUUUUAACUACAAUUAUCGAGAUGGUUGUUGGUGUUUCGUCCUGAAUUUCAGUGAAAUAGAGGAUACUUGCAAGGAAAACAUCGCUGCCUUGAAAUAAUUUUCCUCGUCAUCUUCCUCAAGGAAAACAUCUCACGGCUACAAAGUCUACAAAUCUUGUCAUCCUCUGGAUCCACGGCAGACAUAGAUGCCUAAGAGGAACUACAACCUAUAGCCAGGGUCUCACAGCUGGGAAGCACUGAGGCAUUGAGACCCUCAGAAUCUCCUCUUAACGUUAUCUUUGGUCAUCCCUUAAGCCAGCCAGGCAAACACCCCUGGAUAACCCCUCUCAGUAGCCAUGGGAACCGUCCUGUCACUCUCGCCCAGCUACCGGAAAGCGGCCCUCUUCGAGGAUGGCCCGGCCACCGUGGGCCACUACACGGCCGUGCAAAACAGCAAGAACGCCAAAGACAAGAACAUGAAGCGACACUCACUCAUUAACGUGCUGCCUUGGAAACGGAUCGUGGCCGUGUCGGCCAAGAAAAAAGGCUCCAAGAAGGUGCAGCCCAACGCGGCCUACCAAAACAAUGUCUCGCAUCUAAACAACGAGAACCUGAAGAAGUCGCAGUCCUGCGCUAACCUGUCCAGCUUCACCCAGGACCAAAGCACACCUGCCCUGACCAAGGGCUCCAACAACGCUGUCUCCUCUAUUAAGAAAGCCCCACUGACCAACUCCAACAUAACCGCGGGCACGCCCAAGAGGGUGAUCGUGCAGGCCUCCACCAGCGAGUUGCUACGCUGUCUGGGGGAGUUCCUGUGCCGGCGAUGCUACCGGCUCAAGCACCUGUCUCCCACUGACCCGGUGCUGUGGCUGCGGAGCGUGGACCGCUCCUUGCUGCUCCAGGGCUGGCAGGACCAGGGCUUUAUCACCCCUGCCAACGUGGUGUUUGUCUACAUGCUCUGCCGGGACGUGGUGUCCUCUGAGGUGGCCACCGAGCACGAGCUCCAGGCGGUGCUGCUCACCUGCCUCUACCUGUCCUACUCCUACAUGGGCAACGAGAUCUCCUAUCCACUCAAGCCCUUCCUGGUGGAGAGCUCCAAGGAGACCUUCUGGGACCGCUGCCUGUCCAUCAUCAACCUGAUGAGCACCAAGAUGCUCCAGAUCAACUCAGACCCGCACUACUUCACCCAGGUGUUUGCUGACCUGAAGAACGAGAGCCAGAAAGAGGAGGAGAGGAGCCGCCUGCUCAUCGGCCUGGACCGGUGAGGGGCCCUGGAGGGAGGAGUGGUGCAAGGACAGGGGCAGAAGGGGGUGCGUGUGGGGGUGGGAGGAGGGUUGGGGUCUACUCCAGUCUGGCAUUUCAAAAGCAGUGGUGAGGAGGAUUAAGGAAAGUAUUUUGGGGGCACCAAAGUUUGAUGUUUGAACAUAGUUAGUUAUAUCCAUGAUUAAUUUAUAGCAUUACACAUUUAGAACAUAGGGGGCAUGGUAAAUCAAUUCAGUAAAUUAUUUAAAAAAACACUUCAAUCCGACAUUGAUAGGAAAGAUCCCAAAUACCCACGUUUGGGAAGUUUUUCUGUGAACCAAACCUAUUUAUAAAAGAGAGGAUGACAUUUUCACGACACCUGCGAGUGAAAGCUUUGUGAUAACCUUCCUAAAGAACAAAUGCCAGACUUGAGUACAUUCUCUGCUUGCACAUAUAUAUAUAUAGAAAAAAAAAUAGAAAAAAAGAAACAUUUAAAAAAAAAAGAAAAAAACUACCGACACAUCUACAGCUAUGAAUGUGUAGAGGGACUGAGGCUGAAGCUUGCUGCACCAGCGACAUGCUGACUGUUCCUGAUGUGCACUGCGUACCGUGGUGGGGUGAGGACCAUCGCGUGACUGGGCCUCUGCUCGCAUCAUGGAAGAACUGACAAGCUAAGACUUGAUCAUUAGACUGUGAAUGCCCCCCCCUACCACCACCCCACCUCCCAGUGCAAGGAUAAGUCUGCACAGUUCUGCUGCCUGCAGUGCAUAUC